AUGCCUACAAUUGGAAACCGUCGUCGACGUAUGUUCAAUAUGAACGAAGAAGAGGCGGCGAAAGCUGAUAAGUAUGGCCGUGAACUGGUCGUGAAGACUGCCGUUGGAGCCGUUUUGCAGCCAAUAGCCAACAUCAAAAUUCUGAUCCAAUUGGGCUAUGAGCCGUUUCCGCUUACAACUGGUAAAAAGUUCGGGAUUGGCCGUGAUGCAUACUUCCUACCAAACUUCCUUUCUUAUGGACGAAAUCUGUUGAACAAGCGUGGUUGGGCACCACUCUACAACGGUGUUGAUGCGGGAAUCAUUUCGAAUCUGUUCGGUGGCACAGCUACGUUUGCUACCACAAUGUAUCUGGAUCGAUACUUCGCGGAUUUUGGUGGUAAAGCGCUGAAUUUGGAGAAAGAGGAACGUGAACUGAGCGAUCACGAAAGUUUUCAACGUGUUGUUCGCGCCGCAGUUCGUCAGACAAUGGCCAAAACGGUUGGCGUGAUUGUGGCACGGCCAUUCACCGUGAUUAUGGUGCGUAAAGUGGCGCAACUGAUCGGUGGUGAAACGAAAUACGCCGAUGUUUUGUCAUCGAUUUAUUUGGUUGGACACGAAGAGGGACCGCGUGGCUUCUUUGCGUAUGCCUUUGUGCUUUUGGGAUUGGUACCGCAACUGAUCGCAGAAUUUAUCACGAUUUGGGGAGUGCAUACGUUUAUCUAUGCGGUUGAACGUGGCAUGCUUCGUGCUCAAGGUCCUGAGCACAUAGAAGAGGCUGACAAAGAAGAACUGAUGACCUCAACGAAAAAAGUGCUUCAUUUAGUGGCACCGUUCAUUGUGAACACGUUCGCCUAUCCAUACACAUUGGUAUCGACGAUUAUGGCUUGCACAGGAUCUGGGUGA